AAAAAUAUUUAUUGUCUAUCAUUUCCCUCAAAAACUUAAGUACUGUAGUGAGAUAAUCGCUGCCAAUUAGAAUGGAUUCAAGAUUGUUUGAUGCCAUUCUUUCUGGUGAUAUAGCUGCAUUUCGCUCAUUACUAGCAGAAGAUCCACUUAUACUUGACCGCAUUUCUUUGAACUCAACAGAGAAUCCUCUACACCUAUCAUCAUUAGCUGGCCAACUCGAAAUCACAAGAGAAGUAGCGUGUCAAAAGCCAGCAUUUGCCUGGGAGCUAAAUCAAGAUGGUUUUAGUCCUAUACACAUUGCCUCCUCAAAAGGGCAUGUAGAGCUGGUGAGAGAGCUUUUAAUGGUAGGAUAUGAUAUUUGUCUUUUAAAGGGAAAAGAUGGCAAAACACCACUUCAUUUUGCAGCAAUGAAAGGAAGAGUCAAUACAGUGCAGGAAUUAGUAUGUGCUUGCCCACAAUCUGUUAAAGAGGUAACGACUUGCGGUGAAACUGUGCUUCAUGUAGCUGUAAAGAGUAACCAGGUUGAAGCUGUUAAGGUUUUGUUGGAAGAGAUCAAGAAACUUGACAUGAUGGAGAUUGUUAACUGGAAGGACAAGGAUGGUAACACCAUAAUGCAUCUAGCUGCCUUCAGAAAACAACAUGAGACCAUAAGGCUAUUAAUUGGUCGAGAGGCCAUUGCUUACGGAGUAGAAGUAAAUUCUAUUAACGCAAGUGGAUUCACAGCAAAGGAUGUUCUUGAUUUUAUUCUUCAUAGUGGAGGUGAAUACAAUGACAUCAGCAUCUUAGAGAUGUUCCAGCAAGCAGGAGCAAUGAAAGCUAUAGAUAUCACAACAAAUCCUGCUUCGACUUGCCAAGUUGAAGUGAAGAACACUAACAAGAAUGUUAAUCAAACAUCGCAAAAUUCUCGUCCAUGGAACCUCUGGAAAGAGUUGAAGCUAGAAAUUGAGGAGUCAUCAACUGAAACUCAGAAUGCAUUAAUGGUUGUCGCAACGCUUAUAGCAACAGUGACAUACCAAGCUAUACUUAGCCCUCCCAGUGGUUUUUGGUCAGCAGAGUCUCGACGAUCUCAAACGCUUAAUAGUGUUCAAAAGAGAGAUGUUUUGCCUGGAGAGGCUGUCAUGACUAGUGACCCUGAAGUUUUUGCCGUAUUCACUGUCUUUAAUGCAGUUGGAUUUUUUGCAUCUAUAGCCAUGAUUUCCCUCCUAACCAGCGGAUUUCCUCUCAGAGCCGGCUUGCGUCUUGCCAUACUCUCAAUGACUGCUACUUACGUGAUUGCAGUAAUUUAUAUGUCACCAACAGAAAGGAAAACAAUAGACGCAGUGGUCUGGUUGGUUGGCCUGCUAGUUCUCGCAGAGUUUGCCCGUUUUAUGAUAUGGAUACUUAAGAAAUGGGGUGUCCUUCCUCCGAAAAAGAAAAGAACUUCUGCUGAUAGGAACCAGGCCACGGUGUGAAAUUAAAAUUUCAUUCAUUUCAAAGUUCAUUGAUGUGUCAGCCCAUUAAGCUUGCAAAUGAGUUCCGAUGAAACAUCAUAGUAAUAAUUUAUCCAAGAUUCUGUUCUGUGGCAGGAGUAGUAAAGAUCAAUUUCUCACA